AUGCCUUGUGCGGAAGGUGAACUGUGCCUUCAACAAGACAGGACGCCGCAACCCCCUCAUGGCCACCCUUGCAAGGGAGGAUGUGGCGGGCGGCUCCACGGCAACUGCGGCAGCGUGUUUGAGGACAACGGGCAGAACCGCAUCUGCAGCACGUGUGUCGCCAGGACUAGCAAGCGCAAAGCGACACCAGCUAAGGGUGCUGGGGCGGGACCAUUUAAACGCCAGAAGCAGACGAGCGGGGGAAGCAAGAAGGGAACGGGUUCUCGUGCGCGGCUGGACAACAACAAGAAGCUCGAGAUUCUGAAGAUGCUGGAUCAGAAGGUGUCUCACGCACAGAUUGCAGACCGCUUCAAGUGCUCGCUUCGGCUUAUUGAGACCGUGAAGGCUGGCCGGCAGAAGGUGGAGACAGGAACUGCUGCAGGCUGCGGCAGCCAGAAAAGUGCACGCAAAGGAGAUUUUCCGGAGGUGCGCUACAUGCAAUGCUGCGACGACGAGGAGGACAAACAGGACCAAGGCGGCGGCGAGGACAGUGGCAACGGAGACGCGGCGUUCUACCUAACGAAAGCGACGAUGUCGAUGAUCGCAGCGCAUUCCGCUAGGCGGGUGCGCCAGACAGACAUUAGAGGAUUUGUCGCGACGUAGAGUUCAUUGUUGUUUCUUUUUCUUGCGGUCCUGUCGUGUACUUGUAGUUUUUAUUUUUUUUCUCGCAACAUCGAAGCGGGUACGCCAGGCAGACACUCCAGUGUCGCGACAUAGUUUGGGGGGGACAUACAACAGUAGUGUAGUAGUAUUGAUUUUUGUUUUCUUGCAGUGCGCUUCCUGUCGUGUUUUCUUUUUCUAGUUUGUCUUUUGUACCUUGAAACAUCGAAGGAGGGGCUCUAGGGCUGAGAUAUAGCUACGUCCACUCUGAACGAACGGGAGCUUUAC